AUGACUUGUCACAAAUACAGACCGGACCGCAACAACAUAUGUAACAUUAAGCUGCAUCAGCCAACACAGCCCCACAGCAUCUGGAGCUAUAAGGAACUCUGGGCUGAUCUCAUCCACCCCUGGAUCCUUUGCACUGAGGAGCUUUUGACCACAUCUGUGACCUCAGAGCCCGACCCAAAGUCCCCAGGCUCCUCUUCCUCAUUGGAAGGUGUGCUGUGGGUCUUUAAAGUACUCUGUCCAGUGACUCACAAUGUCUGGAAGCGAGUGAUGACCCGAGCCUUAUUCUGCUUCAGCUUUCUCCAGAGACCUACUAGCCAAAAAGACCCAAUAGGACUCCAUCUGUUUGACAGCAUUCUUCACCGCUGGUGUCUUCCAGCUGCCUUUGCUGUUAGGUUUCAGCCUCUGAUCUGCUUUGACGAGGAGUUUAUGAAAAUGGUGGUCAUAUUUAACGCCAAUAUGACGAGAGUGAGAAGCUUCAUCAUCCUCGGAUUCCCUGGACUUCCCCCACAGUACUACGGACAUGUAUCAGCUAUCCUGUUUUUGGUCUACCUAACUAUUGUAGUUGGAAAUAUUUCAAUUCUAUCUACUGUGUUCAGUGAGAAGUCCCUUCAGAAACCCAUGUAUCUGGUGUUCUGUCAUCUAGCUUUGAAUGACUUAACAUUUGGCACCAUCACACUCCCAAAGAUCAUAUCAAAAUACUGGUUUGGAGACAGCAUCAUCUCUUUUUUUGGAUGUUUCACACAAAUGUUUUUUGUUCAUUAUUUGGGAGCAGUGACUUCCUUUAUCCUUUUAGUUAUGGCUCUUGAUAGAUUUGUUGCAAUUUGUCUCCCCCUCCGUUAUCCUGUCUUGAUUACAAACAACAUCAUAUCUGCUCUCUGUGGAGUAGCUUGGUUAAUACCACUGCCUUUGAUGCUGACUAUAAUACUUCAAGCCCUUGAUUUGCUUUAUUGUAAUUCAAAUGUAAUUGCACAGUGCUAUUGUGACCACUUUUCUAUAACAAGUCAGGCAUGUGGAAAUGAUGUUAAAAUAGUCCAGGUAACCACGUUUGGCAUGGCCAUGUUUUGUCUUUUGCUGCCUCUUGCAUUUAUCAUAUUUUCCUAUGCUUCCAUUAUUGUGGUUAUCCUGAAGAUAUCCACUUCUGCAGGGCGUAGAAAAACCUUAUCAACCUGCACGCCACAAAUAUUCAUAACCUGUCUUUUCUAUUUACCCAGAUGCUUUGUUUAUGUAGCUAAUACUGUUGGCUUUUCUUUCAGUUUGGACACUCGCAUUGUAUUAAUACUGCUGUACAGUUUACUUCCUGCUGCAGUGAAUCCAACCAUUUACUGUUUCAAGACUCUGGAAAUCAAGCAAACUUUGGUCAGGAAAUUCAAAACUUCUAAAUUUGGAUUACAAGUAAAAAAUUGGACCCUACAUGUGAAUGUACAGAAGAUCACGUCUAUAUGA